GUUCUGGUAUAAAGCUGGCCUGAGUUUUGUUCCACCAAUCGUUUUGGAAUCGGACGAGUGGUAUACUGUGUGUGACGCAAGCCAUAACAAAAUGAAGACGGCAGUAGCCCUGUUGGUACUGGUUCUGGUCUCCUCCAGUCUGGCAGCCACCGACUGGGACAGAGCACUUCAGAGAUACGUAGGGAUGUUGGCUAUGGAGAUUAACCACGCUGAUAACAACGUGGGGAGCACAUGGAAGAACUGUGGCAAGGCCAAUGAUCCCAUUCAGCUGAAAAAAUUCAGCAUCAGUCCGGAUCCCAUCGCCGUGCCGGGCAAUAUCACUUUAGGAGCUGCGGGACAUGUGGCCUCUGCUCUCACAUCCCCAUUGAAGGCAACCGUGGACUUCCAGGCUUUAAGAAAUGGCCACUGGAUUAAACUGCCCUGCAUUCACAAAGUGGGCAGCUGUGUGUAUGACGACGUAUGCAAGAUUCUGCCCCCUGGACCCUGUCCAGCGGGGGUCAAGGUCUGCCACUGCCCGUUCCCAGCGGGCCUCGUUGCCUUGCAGAACAUCAAGAUUCCCCUGGCCCCUGUGGGUCUUAAAAUGAAGCAGACCCAAGUGAGAAUGAAAGCAGUCCUCAGUCACAAUGGCGUCGAAAUGGGCUGCUACGAGCUAGACACGGAUCUUGUGGUCAACUCGUAAUCUCUUGUCUCAUGACUCCGCUCUCACACCUCUACAAUUUCCCCCGUUCAACUGUAAUUCUGAGACGUUUAAGGUGUGUGUGAACUCAGCCUAUUUGCUUUGAAUUUGAAUUAAAGGAAAUUAAUUAACACUGUUCGGCAAACUAAAAACCCAAAGCCAAUCAGGGCUCAAGUGACUCUUACCUUGUAUAUCACAUGGCAGUGUCCAUCAACUGAGUUUGAAUAAAAGCAUUUGAAUCAUUUUGA